AUGGAUUGCUUUUUUUAUAUUAAAGGCUGGUUAUAUAUAGGCACUGAGUACACUCCAAAUAUAAAACGUAUCGGAUUUUAUGGAAAUAAGAUUGAAGUUAUCGGAGAAAACUUAUUAAGUGGAUUGAACCAAUUGGAGUCAGUCAACUUUGGGAAUAAUCCUUGCGUGAAUGUUGAUGCUACAACAAGAGAACAAAUUCAAGAUUUAAACAAAAAUCUUCACUUAUGGUGCAGUGUAACAUGUUCAGCUGAUUGUAUGGAUCAUAUUGAUGUAGUGCAAGAUAAUGUUGUGAAAGUUGAUGGAAAUUUAAAAGUUAUUGAAGGUGUACAGUCCGAUGAAAGGGAUCGACUAAAUCAAGUGCAAGAAAAUGUUGUGAAAAUUGACGAAACUGUAAGAAAUAUCGAAGAUGUACAAUCACAGGAAAAAGAUCGAUUAGAUCAGGUGCAAGAAAAUAUUCAAGAAAUGGAAAUCGAAAAUACGCGUGAAAGAGAUCGAUUGGAUGGACGAAUUGAUGAAUAUGCCAUUGAGAUUGGUGCAAUUAAUUCUAACAUUGAAACAAUGGAAGAACAAAUUGAUUAUCUCACAACAAUUGUCAACAGUCUCACGGUAAAACUUCCAACAAUUAUUGGAACAAAAGUUCGUGUGUAA